AUGCCCCCACCCCCCCUCCGCAUCGCAAUCCUCGAAUGCGACACCCCCCUCCAAAACACCAAUUCCAAAUACGGCGGAUACGGGGGCGUAUUCACUUCUCUCCUGCAGCAGGGAGCCUCGUCACUUUCUCCUCCGCUCCCCUCCUCCUCUCUACAGAUCACCAAAUACGACGUGGUAACCCUGCAAGAAUAUCCCUCUCUCUCUUCCAUCGACGCAAUUCUCAUUAGCGGAAGUCGUCACACAUCUUUUGAUUCCGAUGCGUGGAUACUAAAAUUGGUGGAGUUUGUAAAGGGGGUUUUGGAGCAGGAGAGAGUGAGGAUCGUGGGAGUGUGUUUUGGACAUCAGAUUGUGGGGAGGGCGUUGGGGGGGAGGGUGCAGAGGAGUGAGAGGGGGUGGGAGGUGAGUGUUACGCCGGUGGAGUUGACGGGGAGGGGGAGGGAGAUUUUUGGAUUGGAGAUGUUGAACAUAUUCCAAAUGCACAAAGACAUCAUCUACGAAUAUCCCCCCGAAGUCGAACAACUAGCCUACACCGACAAAUGCGCCACCCAGGGAAUGUACAUCCGCAAAAAACUAAUCACCGUGCAAGGACAUCCAGAAUUCACCGAGGAGAUCGUGCGGGAGUUGUUGGAGGCACGACAUGCGUCGGGAGUAUUCGACGAUGAGACGUAUAGGGAUGCGGUGGGGAGAGUGGAUAAGGACCAUGAUGGGGUGAAGGUUGCACAGGCGUUUUUGAAAUUUAUCAUGGAGGAUUAGAUGAGAUUGGGGGUCUUUCUAGAUUGGGAUGGUUGUGCUAGAAUAUUAGACGUCCACGUAUCUCCGAUCAGCGAUGGAGUCGUUUCCGGAUCUUGAAGCAUAUGAUUAGUAAAGGUUUAAUCCCCCCUCCAUUCAUUGAGCAUUCAAAUCAUGACUAUUAAAUAAUUCAUCACUCAAUCUAUCCUCCACA